UUUGUUCGCACGGCACUGAUUGAUUUUUCCGCACAGUGCCUACAUUCCGCGUAGCAGAGGAAAGCAAAAUAAUUAUCAACCACAUUUUAUCUGUCCAUCUCCAUGUAUUAAGUUUUUCGCAAGGUCGUGGUAGACUAGCAUUUAUGUAUUUCUAGCCCACACUGAAUAUGUUUAUCGUUUGUACGUUAAGACUUUCGGUCUGCAUGCACCUUCUGUAGGAACAUUCUUAGCUUCGUAGCUGUCCUUCGUGACUAAUCUAUGAUUUGUCCGCGGCCGUGAAGAUCAAGAAAGCACACGGAAUAUGUGAACGUGAAGUUCUACUCCUGGCCUUGUACUACCAGAACAGCACAUACGUUCUUGGGCUGCAGUUUGAAGGAAUUCCGAAGUAUAAUAUCUUGUAAACAAGAAAUAAGUGGCGCUCUGUUUUUACAAUUUGUGCUUGUAUAUUCGCUACUUGCAGGAUUGUGGCGGGGCGAGACAGUAUCUUGCGGUGCACGACUGGAAGUACAACUCUGCUAUCAAAUGUAAAAAUGUCUGGGUCUGGAAGAAUGCAAGAUUUGUGAUGCAGGUUUUCCAUGACCCAUGAGGUCUAGAAUGCGAGACCCAGCAUGACAGAUUUUUUAAGGUCUCUAUCAUGCCUUUCCUGCAUGAGAAACUCCCUCUCAAAUUGGUCAAAAGCGGACAGCUUUUGGCACUCACGCAACACAGAUUUUUGCAUCGUUCAGAUUUAGCAUGAGAAGUUCUAACCUUCCAGACCCAGACAUUUUUACAUUUGAUAUCUGCGGGGUAAAUGAUGUCGAACCGCGGGAUGGCAAACCCGUUCGGUGGAGCGGAUAAUUUCGGGAGCUCGUUUGAUGCGUUUGAACAGGAACUGAUGAGCAACCCAGCCGCGGACCAGAAGCCCCCGCCGACAGGCCAAAUGAAUGCAGGGGGAGCUGGCGGGCCAGGUGCGGUUUUUUUGUCUUUCGUACGACGGACGAGAGAAGAAGUUCUGAAAUAACUGGAGGUGGUAGAAGUGCAGUACACUGUCACUCCAACUUCUCACAUUCAUGCUUGUAUUUGUGCGCGUGCGGUGGAUCGAGUAUGAGUAUGCAGUAGCUGCGAACUUUUUCUCCGACGUGAGAUUUUUGCGGCCUGUUGUGUGUAUUGAUUCACUGCAGUGCGCUGUAAUGUAUGAAAAAAAGGACGCGCAGCAGAUGAAGCUCGACUCCACAUGUGCUCUGAACUUGAACUGAUAUUAUAAUUUGCAUAAAAAAAGAGCAAUGCCACACGAACAGGUCCCGGCCGUGGGUUUCCACCUACCUCCGCACCGCCAGCCUGGGGGCAGCCGCAGUUGGGGCCGCCCGGGAUGAUGGGCCCCCCGCUAUUGCGAGGAAAAAUCCCCCCUCCCCAUAUUUAACAGGUAUGCUUCCGAAAAUUUGUGUUGCUGAUUUGAGGUCAGAAAUCACAUUUGUCUUGCAAGAAGACAAAGGCAGAGGCUUCCGCCCCAUUAUGGAAGCGAUUUGUCACGCUGCUGGGCCUAAAGGGGAGCCGUUUGCCAUGCUGAACAACUAGACCCAUACGCCCCUACGUAGCCUGGGGAUCUGGCCGCAGUGCCUCUCUGCAAUACAAAGCUGACUUGUGUACACCAAUCCAGCAUCAGAAGUUCCGUUUUGAUAUGGGGAGGGGGGAUUUUUCCUUGCAAUACCCGCCAGCGGGGAAUAGCGGGCCGAGUAUCAUCCCAUCUCCGGCACAGCUGCAUACCAAAUGUAAAAAUGUCUGGGUCUGGAAGAAUGCAACUUGUCAUGCUAAAUCUGAAGCAUGCGAAAAUCUGUGUUGCAUGAUUACCAAACGUCGUCCAGUUUUGACCAAGUCGGGAAGGAGUUUCUCAUGCAGGAUAGGCAUGAGAGAGAUCGCGCAGAAUCUGUCAUGCUAGGUCCUGCAUUCCAGACCUCAUGGGUCAUGGAAAAGCUGCAUGACAAAUCGCGCAUUCUUCCAGACCCAGACAUUUUUACAUUUGAUACUGCAGAAUCAGACCGUAAUGAGCGACAUGUUCGAACCUGCCCCGCAGGCUGUGCCGGACCCGUCCUCCCGUGGCCAGACAGGGUCCUGGUUCGGGAUGGGCAGCGCCCCCGCGAUGGGCGGCCAGCCGCCGGUGAUGCCCGCCACGGGCGGGCCAAGCGCGGCGAAUUUCCAGAGCGGCGGCGCAUUUUCUUCCACCAGCAACCCACAGUCUAUGACCCCUGCGACCCCGCCCUCGGGCACCACACCCACCGCAAACACGAGUAAUCCAACCUUCGGGUUUAACUCGCCAAGUACAGCAACGACGGCGUCCCCGGCGGGGAAAGUGGCGCAAGCCACCGGAGGACCCGCGAACAUGGCGCCCCCGCAAGGAGCAGCAGGCCAGUUCGACUCGCAGAUAGCCGCGUCCCAGCAGCGGCAGCGCGGCGCACCACUCUCGCAAGCGUCGUCCUCCGCUUCGGUAGGCAACCCAGCGGCGCAGCAGGGUACUAGCAAUAAUGCGGCGUACUUCAGCGCGGACACCAGUCAAGAGAUGAAGAAUGUCAGCGCGGAGGCAAUGCAAGCCAUGGGCAUCAACAAUCCAAUGGCCUCCAUGGCCAUGUCGGCGGGCGUCGACCAGGUAGCGAAAAACGCUACCGUGCUCACGAGGUACUUGUACGCGUUUACUUCGUAUCAAAUGCAAAAAUGUCUGGGUCUGGAAAGAGUGGAAGUUGUCAUGCAGAUUUUACAUGACCCGUGACGUCUGUGAUGUAUUCCCUAGCAUCACAGAUUUUCUGACGACGUCUCGAUGCCUAUUCCGCAUGACAAAUGGCCUGCCCGCGUAGCACAAACCGGACUCCUCUUGCUGGUCAUGCAAUACAGACUACAGUGGUCAUGCAGAGGCAGACUACGACCACUCCUCCUGCUGGUCAUGCAGAGGCAGUGGUCGUAAAGGGGGUACAGUGGUUGAGGGGUAUUAUAUCCACGUAGUUCUCUUCUCUUUUCUUUCUUCAAAAUGUUAAAGUCGUUCUCUUCCCUGUGCUGUACCAUGGUCUUGCUUCCAGACAAAACACCAGACAUUUUUGCAUUCCAUACUUCGUUGAUGUCCAAGGAAAAGAAUGGCAAUCGCAUGUGAAGAGGUCAGUCUGUCCUUUCCGAGGAAAUUUUUUGCCACCAAACCUGUGUAGUUUUUCAUCUCAGUCUCUGGCCCGAAAAGUGGCCUGUAUAAAGUGUUUCUUUUUCACCAAGUCGUGGCUUCAGUUGUUGAAAAAGCUUUGCAUCAGGUAUCUCCCCUCCUUCGAUUACUUUCGGAGCUACUUUGCGGUAAAUCACAUGUACGUGUUAUGGUGAGCAGAAACGUCCCCACACCAGAGUCAAGAUGGGAAAUCUGCUAGACAAAUCACCAGGCUUUGGCCGUUGCGCAUGACAAGUUUCCCUCUGCAGUGUUCUACUGGUCAGCAAGAGAAGCCGCAUGAGAAAGCCGUUCUCUCAUCCUGUCUACAGCAUUACAAAUUCCAAAAAAGGAAGAUUGGAAAUCCCUCUUAUGGAGCUGCGCAUUACAAAUGCUCCUGUCAUUGCACAUUUGCAUGACAGCUCUGGGGUGGGGACGUUUUUACACAGAAUACGUGUUACGCAAGUUGGGGAUUUUGGUAUUUCCCUUCAAGAAGGGAAAGGUGGAUACGCAGCCAGACGACAGCCACUUGGGGUUGAGGCCAAACCAUGAUAAGCCGGACGGCGAGGGACAACAGAUCGUCGUUUUGAAGAGCAACGUAGACGACCCCGAAUUGUACUGCUGUUUUGAUGACUUCUGUAUAACUAGUUUUAUUCUCAUUUGUGGGAGGCAGUUGUCACGACUAUGAUGUUCAACAUGCGGGCCGGUGUGCUCCUCGGCGGUACCGCUGCCACUGAAAAGUAAGUAACUAAACACGGCUAUAUUAAAUGCAACACCAUUUUCCACCGUAGGUACGUUCCAUCGAUGGGUGCGCUUACGUACUUGGUGCUUAUCACGCUGCACAUAUCAAAAUGAAAAAUCCCCCCUCCCCAUAUUCAAAAGCUAUGUUUCCGAAAAUUUGUGUUGCUGAUUUGAGGUCACAAAUCACAUGCGUCUUGCAAGAAGACAAGGGCAGAAGCUUCCGCCCCUUUAUGGGGGCGAUUUGUCAUGCUGUUGGGCUUAAAGAGGAGCCGCUUGCCAUGCCGAACAACUAGAAAGACCCAUACGCCCCUACCUAGCCUGGGGAUCUGGCCGCAAUGCCUUCCUGCAAUACAAAGCUGACUUGUGUAGACAAAUCCAGCAUCAGAAGUUUCGUUUUGAUAUGGGGAGGGGGGGUCUUUCCUUGCAAUAGCACAUGGCCCUGACGGACCAGUUCCAUCCGGACGUUUACCAAGUGUAAAAAUGUCUGGGUCUAGAAGGAUGCAGAGGUUUGUGAUGCAGCUUUGGCAUGACCCAGAAGGGCUACCAUGCACGCCCCAGCAUCACAGGUUUUUAGAAGGUUUCUUAAUGCGUAAUCCGCAUGACAAGGCCCUUCUUUCGGUGGCCAGAAAUGUGCAGCUUUUGGCUUCCAUGCAUGACUGAUUUUUGAGUCAUGUGAAAUGCGCAUCACAAGUUCGCAUGUCGGUGCGGUUGUUUUAGCAUCACAAGUUCGCAUCCUUCCAGACCCAGACAUAUUUGCACUUGAUAACGUUUUUACCACCACAAUAAAAUGGUGCGUGGUGGUGGCCACGCUCGAGAAUGGCAUCGGGCGGCUGGUCUUUCUCACGAUCAACAGUAGCGUGUCUCUCAUCGACCUCGUUGCCUUUAAUGGCUACAAGUACGUCACCCUGUCCGUGCUCAGUCUCCUAGGUAUUGGUGUUUGAAUAAUUUUACUUUUUUUGGUUUUUCAGCUCCUGUACUUGUGUUUGUAUUUCCGCUGUUGUGGUCCUCUUUCAGACUUGGAAUUUGAAAAUGUGAAAGACGAAACGAGAGCGAGCUAGUUGCUACCAAGCUGGCUCUUUUGUUCUCACUUUCGCCGGAAAAUCACAAAGAAAUUUGUUCCUGAGAAAGCACUGGCAUUUUUUUUUUCGCAAUUUUAUUUGUCAACCACAUCAGCGAUGUUCCUGCCCUACGUCCUCUUCAUGCUCUUUUUCGCAUACUUCGCCGCUGCAGCAGUGUUUGCAGAGUGGAGGUUUUUAUCGCACUACCAACCUUUCGCUUCCGAUCACGCACGGCAAAUGGGCAUCGCGAGCAACACUGGUGUGUUGCACAAGCAAGUCAUCCUUGUCCUAUCCGUGCUACAGGUACUGUUUUUUGAGGUUUGAAUACUUUUGGAAUUAUGUGUCAUUCGUAGAAAUCAAAUAAAUGCCAUCCAGCCCAGUCUGUCGUGAGUUCCGUUCAUGUCUUGCACUUCCUAGCCUAGUAUCUAUCAGAAUUGAAGACUUUCGAAAAGUAUUACAUGACUACCUUUCAGGUUUUCCUGAUCUGGUUUAUGCUUCCUAGUUUUUCGGGUGCCAAAGGAGGUGGGGGCCAAAAAGCGGACAUCAACGUGAGGUAGGAAUUUCGGGCUCUCGUCCUGGGCUGUUCUUUGCUACGCUGGCGCCGACAGAAUGCGCUCGCAUGGAUCUGUGUGUGCCACUGAGAGCCGCUCAAGAUGAUAUCACACGUGAAGAGAAGCGCAAAGUGGAGCCGUCUCGGAUUGGACGAAGCGCAAAAAGGCAGGGGGGGAGCGGAGUUACUUACCCAAUAGUGGCGGUGGCGGCACCGAUUUAUUCCGCGCGCCUGCUCUCUUCCAGCGGAAGUUCGGCGGAAGAAGGAGCAGCCUCGCUUCGAGGCGUAGAUUCUGAGCAGUGGCGGACCGCAGUACUUACCACCACACCGAGUUCUCUCUGCCGUUCUGAAAGUAGGUUGUGGGCGGAAAAAUAAUUUGUAUCAGCGACAAGAUCAAAUCAAAAUCUUCGCUUUCCUCAACAUGGAAACGCGAACGCGACCUUUCCAUUUUCCAAAAAAGCCCCAGGGGCCGCCCUGCCCGCAAGAAGUAAUCGCACCACCUCGA